AUGACGAUGAACGAGCGUAAGACAAUCGAUUUAGAACAAGGAUGGGAGUUUAUGCAGAAGGGGAUCACAAAGCUGAAGAACAUUUUAGAAGGAUUGCCUGAGCCGCAGUUCAGCUCAGAGGACUACAUGAUGCUCUACACAACCAUAUACAAUAUGUGCACUCAAAAGCCACCACAUGACUAUUCACAACAGCUCUAUGACAAGUAUAAGGAGUCUUUUGAAGAGUACAUUACUUCGACAGUGUUGCCAUCUUUGAGAGAGAAGCAUGAUGAGUUCAUGUUGAGAGAGCUUGUGAAGAGGUGGACAAACCAUAAAAUCAUGGUUAGGUGGCUCUCUCGUUUCUUUCAUUAUCUUGAUCGCUACUUUAUAGCUCGAAGGUCGCUUCCUCCCCUAAAUGAAGUUGGACUUACUUGCUUCCGAGAUCUGGUCUACCAAGAAUUAAAUGCGAAAGUAAGAGAUGCUGUAAUAUCUCUGAUUGAUCAAGAACGUGAAGGAGAGCAGAUUGAUCGAGCUCUAUUGAAGAAUGUUCUGGAUAUAUUUGUUGAGAUUGGAAUGGGACAUAUGGAUCACUAUGAAAAUGACUUUGAAGCAGACAUGCUUAAAGACACUGCUGCUUAUUAUUCGCGGAAAGCUUCCAACUGGAUCCUAGAAGAUUCUUGUCCAGAUUAUAUGCUGAAAGCCGAAGAAUGUUUAAGGCGGGAGAAAGAUAGAGUUGCUCAUUACUUGCAUUCUAGUAGUGAGCCGAAGCUGCUUGAGAAAGUUCAACAUGAGCUGUUGUCUGUGUAUGCAACCCAACUACUUGAGAAAGAGCACUCUGGAUGCCAUGCAUUGCUGCGAGAUGACAAGGUGGAUGAUUUGUCUAGAAUGUUCAGGCUAUUUUCUAAGAUACCUCGAGGCUUGGAUCCAGUUUCAAGUAUAUUUAAGCAGCAUGUUACUGCUGAAGGAACAGCCUUAGUCAAACAGGCGGAAGAUGCAGCAAGCAACAAGAAGGCGGAGAAAAAGGAUGUGGUUGGUUUGCAGGAACAGGUUUUCGUUAGAAAAGUGAUUGAGCUUCAUGACAAGUAUCUAGCAUAUGUCAAUGAUUGUUUCCAAAACCAUACUCUUUUCCACAAGGCCCUCAAGGAGGCUUUUGAGAUCUUUUGCAACAAGGGUGUUGCUGGAAGCUCAAGUGCGGAACUACUUGCCACUUUUUGUGAUAACAUCCUUAAGAAAGGCGGGAGUGAGAAAUUGAGUGAUGAAGCCAUUGAGGAGACACUUGAGAAGGUAGUGAAGCUGCUGGCGUAUAUUAGUGACAAAGACCUAUUUGCUGAAUUCUAUAGGAAAAAGCUUGCUCGGCGUCUUCUGUUUGACAAGAGUGCUAAUGAUGACCAUGAGAGAUGUAUCUUGACAAAACUGAAGCAACAAUGUGGCGGUCAAUUUACCUCAAAGAUGGAGGGGAUGGUUACAGAUUUGACAUUGGCUAAGGAGAAUCAAGCCAGCUUUGAGGAUUAUCUGAACAGUAAUCCACAGGCGAAUCCUGGUAUUGAUUUGACAGUUACUGUGUUGACCACUGGCUUCUGGCCAAGCUACAAGUCUUUUGACCUCAACCUUCCCGCAGAGAUGGUUAAGUGCGUUGAAGUUUUCAGGGAAUUCUAUCAAACAAAGACAAAGCACAGAAAGCUUACGUGGAUGUAUUCACUGGGUACUUGUAACAUCAGUGGGAAGUUUGAACCCAAAACCAUAGAGCUUAUUGUGACAACUUAUCAGGCAUCAGCCCUGCUGCUAUUCAAUACCUCAGAUAGAUUGAGUUAUUCAGAGAUCAUGACUCAAUUAAACUUGACUGAUGACGAUGUUGUUAGACUGCUCCAUUCCUUGUCAUGUGCCAAGUAUAAGAUCCUUAACAAGGAACCAAAUACAAAAACUCUCUCUCCUACUGAUUACUUUGAGUUCAACUCUAAGUUUACUGACAAAAUGAGGAGGAUCAAGAUUCCCCUCCCACCUGUGGACGAGAAGAAGAAAGUAAUUGAAGAUGUUGACAAGGACAGGCGGUAUGCCAUUGAUGCCUCAAUUGUGCGUAUCAUGAAGAGCCGUAAAGUUUUGGGUCAUCAGCAGUUGGUUAUGGAGUGUGUAGAGCAGCUUGGUCGCAUGUUCAAGCCUGACUUCAAAGCAAUAAAAAAGCGGAUUGAAGAUCUAAUCACAAGAGACUACUUAGAAAGGGACAAAGAUAACCCCAAUUUGUUUAGGUACUUGGCAUGA